UGAUAUAAACAUUAGAAACUCGAGGAUAAGCUUCCACACAAAAAGAAAAGAAAAUGGAUUGGAGUUAUGACAACUUACUUGCCAGCUUUAGCCUUCUCUUCUUGGCAACUAUAGUACUUCUGCUGCUGAAUCAGAGAAAAGCUAGACAUGGAGCCAAUCGGCGACGACCACCAGGGCCAAAGGCUUGGCCGAUCUUCGGUAACAUAUUGGAUCUUGGAUCCAUGCCACAUAGGACCUUAUACAAACUAAGAUUCAAGUACGGCCCUGUACUUUGGUUAAGACUCGGCUGCGCUAACACACUGGUUAUACAAUCUGCCAAGGCAGCUGAAGAACUGUUCAAGAAUCAUGACAUCACUUUCAGCGACCGGAAAGUUGCAGAAUCUUGGACAGCUCAUAAUUACUAUCAGGGUUCGCUUUCUCUUGGCCGAUAUGGCUCCUACUGGCGGUUUCUUCGCCGUAUAGUCACCGUUGAGCUCAUGACCAGCAAGAAAAUCAAUGAGUCCACUUUGAUUCGCCAAAAGUGCAUAGACAAGAUGACAGAGUAUAUUGAGGAGGAUGUGGCCGCGGCAAAUGCAAAAGGAGAUUCAGGGGAGGUGGUGGUUGCUCAUUAUGUAUUUGUAAUGGCAUUUAAUUUGAUAGGAAAUCUUGUUCUCUCAAAGGAUCUUUUGAAUGCUCGGUCCAAAGAGGGAACUGAGUUCUCUGGUGCCAUGGAUGAGGUUAUGGAGUGGGGUGGGAAGCCAAAUAUUGCUGAUUUUUUCCCGUUUUUGAAAGGUCUGGAUCCUCAAAGAGUAAAAAAGAACAUGAAGGUAGCUUUAGGAAUAACCAUAAAUAUAGUGGACAAGUUUGUGAAGGAGAGAGUUGAAGAGAAGAAAUUAAUGAAAGAAAAUGUGAAAAGGGACUUCUUGGAUGCAUUAUUGGAGUAUGAAGGUGAUGGCAAAGGACCUGAUAAGAUCUCAACCCAUAAUAUGCUCAUAAUAAUAUUGGAAAUGUUUUUGGCUGGGACUGAAACUACUAGUGGAACUACUGAAUGGGCGAUGACAGAGCUAUUCAGGAACCCAGAAUCAAUGAUGAAAGUCAAAGAAGAGCUGAAUCAAGUGAUAGGACAGAAAAGGAAGGUUAAGGAGAGUGACAUAGAUAAAUUGCCAUACUUACAAGCAGUAAUCAAAGAAACAAUGAGAUUACAUCCUGCAAUCCCAUUGUUAAUUCCAAGAAAUACAUUACAAGACACAAACUUCAUGGGCUAUGAAAUACCAAAAGACACACAAGUUUUUGUAAAUGCAUGGAGUAUUGGCAGAGACCCAGAUGCUUGGGAAGAUCCAUUGUCUUUCAAGCCUGAAAGAUUUAUAGGCUCCAAUAUUGACUACAAUGGCCAAAACUUUGAGUUGUUACCAUUUGGAUCAGGAAGAAGAAUUUGUGUGGGCAUACCAUUGGCUCACCGCAUAGUUCACUUUGCUUUAGCCUCUUUGCUUCACUGUUUUGAUUGGAAGCUUGACAUCUAUUCUGCUUCAGAUACACUAGACAUGAAAGAAAGGAUGGGAUUUACGGCUAGAAAGCUCAAACCACUGAAAGCAAUAGCGAAGAAGAAAACAGUUUCUGAAUAAACGAUCAAUUUUUCUUGUUAUUAUCAACAGGAAUUGUGCAAAACUCUAAAUUCCAAUUAGAGAUGAUCAUAUUCGUGUUCAAAUAAAGGAUUCGCUCUGUAUUUUAUUAAUUUCUCACAAUCAGAGAGCUAUAACAAAUCCCUUGCAUUUUUCUUGCAGGCUCAUGAAUAUUGAGAUGCAUCAAUAAUAUUUGCACGCUUUAGCUUUAUACUCAAUGUGAGGCAGCUUUGAAUUCCAUAUGAUUUC